CACUUAUACAUACAUAUCGAUACCUUCAGGUUCAAUUGUCGUAUAAACCAAAACCCUACUUUUCAGGAGAGCCAAAAAACGAUUUUUUUUUUAAUAAAAAAUUCGUAACUUUUUUAUUUGAGAAGUUAUAAAAAAAUGUCCAAGAGAAAACAUUUUUCAAUUUUUGCGAUGAAAAAGUCUAAAUAUUUAAAAAAUGGGCAUCUUCAGUAGUUUUAAAGUUAGCUUGGAGUUACGUCGUUGAAAAAGGCACUCGGUGGUUUAUACGACCCAUUAUAUUUGACCUAAAAAUAACUCUUUACGUCGUAUUUGAAUUUUUUGUAAACACGAGACUGAAAUUGAUGGCUUAAAGACCAUUAGAUGUAUUUUUUUUGGUUUAUAUACCCAUUGAUAAAGUGAUUUAUUCAAAUGUAUUAUUAAAACUAUGUAUGUAAAUAAUGUAUUGUUUACUAUUUCCAGGCUUUUGUUGUUUAGAGAAUUUGCACAAAGAUAUUUAACAGUGUAAAAACUAUAUUUGGUUGAGGUAGAAAUAAUAAAUUUGCUUGCAUACGAAAAAUAACAUUUUUUUUACAUUUUGCAGGAAAAUUAUGGCAAAACAAAUAAUAUUUCUAAUAAUUCUAAACAAAACUAAUCACCAUAAAUUUUGAACAAAAAAAUACAAUUACAGCAAAACAUUAACGGUCUUAUUCAUAAUCAUUUUUCACAUUUUAUCAAAUGCUUAUUAGAGGUUUAUAAAACGUUUGAUAAAAAUUGUUAUUCAUAAUCGUCAUUUAGCGCUAAAAUCCUCUUAUAACUGUGUGAUAAGUUAUCGAGAGCUCGGGCCUUGUUUAAAGCUCUAAUAAACCUAUUUUAACCUAACUUUUAUAAAUGUCAUUUCAUAUGAAUGUCACUUCGUUGGUUUAUUUAUUCAAAAUAUCCUUGCUGUGAUCCUUGCUUGUGAAAAUGAAUGCUAUAAAUGCAAUUGUGCAUUUAGCCAAUAAUGCCGACCCAGCGCGACGUAGAAAGCUCUACCGCCAACGAAGCAACCCAUUCGAUUUGCGGGACCUAAAUUUUAAAAUAAAAUAUAGGUUCAAUAAGGACACAGUGCGCACCAUCAUAGAUUUGGUGGAAGAUGAUCUGGUUCAGAGCGCUAGAGGUGGUGGCACGUGUCCUGAACUGCAAGUUUUAGUGGCCAUAAGAUGUUGGGGACGUCGUGAGGUACAAGAUGAUGCUGGUGACCUCCAUGGCCUAAGUCAGCCGACAGUGAGCCGGAUAUGCGCCAGAGUCGCGCAUGCAAUCGCGAAUAAGGCAAAUUCCUUCAUCAAAAUGCCUAUCACUAUAGGAGAGCAGGAAAGAAUUAGUGCCAAAUUUAGAGCAAUUAAAAAUUUUCCUGGGGUGAUAGGAGCCAUAGAUUGCACCCACAUUAAAAUUAAAAAAACCGGAGGUGACAUGGCCCAGUACUAUAUUAAUAGAAAAGGCUAUUAUUCCCUGAAUGUUCAGGUUGUCUGUGAUGCUGACCUCAAAAUAAUGGAUAUAGUGGCUAGAUGGCGAGGCAGUACACAUGACAGUCGAAUUUUUAUGGAGAGCAAUAUAAAACAACGAUUUGAGGAUAGGCAGUUUAGAGGACGCCUUAUUGGCGAUUCGGGCUACCCUCUUCUGCCAUAUCUAUUUACACCUAUUUUAAGGCCUAGUCGUCCAGAAGAAGAAGCAUACAAUAAUGCUCACAUCUCAACUAGGAACACUGUUGAAAGGUGUUUUGGGGUGUGGAAGCAGCGGUUCCAAUGCCUACUCCAUGGCUUACCAGUAAGCCUCCAAAAUGGAAAAGCUGUGAUCAUAGCAUUGGCUGUAUUACAUAAUAUAGCCAUUGAUAUGAAUGACACAUUGUUAGAACAACAUAUGGAGCAGGUCCCUGUAACUCCGCAACUUUCGACGGAGAACAGUGUUCACGACAACCGACCUUCAUUGUUGAGGCGUAGGUCGCAGUUGAUACUACAAAAUUUUAUAAAUCAACAUUUUUGAAUGAUACUGUUCCUGGCAUCUUAAUGAAAAUAAAAAGAAUAUUUGAUUGAAAAA